CAAGUACGGCUCGUAUUUCGCACCGCCGAGCAGUCAGCGGCGGUAACGUUAACCGCCGUUACGAUAAAAAAGAAGACGAAGAAGAAGAAGCGCAUCCGCUCGUCGAUGUUUAAACUCGACGCCGGCGUUAUCGAAAGCGAUGAUAAUUAUUUUGUAAAAAUUAGAUAUGAAUAGGAAGCGGGGUCUGAUUUGUGAUGCUUUCAAAGCGAAGAAGAAGAGAACCGGUACAGAAAAGUUUGGAGAUCUCUCCAAUGGAGAAGAAGGACCAGUUGACACCAAGGCCACGCUGCAAUACCUUACGACACUAUUUCCCCGAAAGCUCUUCAGCGACACCUUACCUCAAAUCGUCCUCAAGCACCAGCUGUACAGCAUACAUAACGACAAAACUAUGGUGGACAAGCAGCUGAAUGAACUGCGGGAUCGGGGAGAGCUGUUGAUGUUCCAGCUCGGCUUUGACUCGGAUGCAUUUGGACUGGUGUUCACCUCAGACUACAAGGCCAAAAUCUUGGCAGGGGAGGAGGGCCGCGUGACUCAAGAGACAGUGGAGAAGUUUGUGGAGCAAGUGUUGCCUUCUUGUACUGACCUGAGCUUCAGCAAAGACAAGAUGCUUAACGAGUUCCUCUUCACAGACUCUGAGAUAACGCAACUAGUGAAGUCAGGGGUCCUGACUGUGAGGGACGCCGGCAGCUGGUGGCUCUCCAUUCCCAACUCUGGCAGGUUUAUCAAGUAUUUCAUACAGGGUCGUAAAGCAGUGCUUAAUAUGGUUAAGAAGUCCAAAUAUAGUGAAGUCUUGAAAGCUGAGCUAGAGGAGCGGCGGACAACCUCUCAAGUCAAAUUCCAUAUGAAAUACCACAUCCACGAUAUUGUUGGCGCUGAACUGGUAGAAAGCAUACCUACAACUUCAGGGACACUGUUGCGGUUUGUCGAUUCCUGACCCAUUGUAACAAGACAUCCAUUUGUUUCAGCCAAGACAUGAAGAUCAACUGAAAACAUAAAACCGAAAAGUGCACAAAAAGAUCAGAAGUGCUAUUGUGUUUAAUUGCAAGAGAAUUUUUUUUUUUUGCUAACGGUGAUCAACAAAAAAAAACCUUGUAGGUUUGUGACAUGACAUUACUUUCAGGUUUUCUGAGACACACUUUGUAAAUGUUGUCAAGAUGGAAGGAAAAUAUGCAUACCUUUAUACUAUGAAAACAGUAGGCUUAGCAUGUGUCCUAUCCGGUGAAUGAGCUUUGUUGUUUUGUGAUUAUGAGUACACUGGCAUUAAAAGAAACUCUGCCAUGCACUGUCCGUACCUAUUUCCCCCUAUACUGAAAUGUUUACAUCUGUGACCAAAUUGUGAGUUAAAUGUUUGAGCUGUAUUUCCUCCAUAAUGUAUUACAUCAUGGAGAAAAUAUGGCCCCGUUACAUGCUACAGCUUAAACUAUAGAAACUACACUAAGUUUUAAUGGAGCAAAUAGUCUCAAGUCAGUUGGUUUCUAUUGAAAUUUAUUGGCAUUUUCAAAAAAAGUGAAAAUAGCUUCAUCCAUAAAACUAAAGGUUUGCAACAUUGGCUUGGAGUACAGCUUGAUGUCUUAAUACAAUACACAUGAGCAACGUCGUGAACUUUACUUUACCCCUGAUCUAGUCGUUCAAAUACAUUUGUAAAUAUGCAAAAAAUAUAAAUGUAGCAAUUCUAAUCUUAGUGUUCAGUAUAAGAUGCACAUACAUGCUGUCAGCAUUAAUUACAAAAAGCUAGGCUUGUAGGGACAUUAAGGUAAUGUUAAUUGUGGGAGGUAAAACAA